UGAAGUCACUACCGAUCUCACUGAAGCGUUGUCCGUUGACAGGAAGUAAAAACCUGCUGAAGCUGUAAGCACGGGAUCAUAUUCGACAAAGACUAUUUCUCAAGUAUCUCAAUUACAAGACGAAUAUCAGAACCGUCCGACGUGGGAUAGAGUUACGAAAGUAGUACUCUCACACAUACCCAAAAAGACCGAGAUCAAGCUUCAGGAUGCUCAUUCAAGAAUCUCAUCGAGAUGUGCCGACCCAGCAUGGCGGCGAUAUGCGCAUUUUCAUUUUCCAUCCCACUGUGCCGGGAUAUCCCAAGGCCAAGUUCCCGGGUGUCGUUCUGUUCAGCGAGAUUUACCAAGUGACCGGCCCCGUCGCCCGCUUCGCCCGCCAAAUCGCCUCGCACGGCUACAUCGUCGCAGCUCCCAGCAGCUACCACGAAUUCACCGGCCCGGAACCCCUCGCAUACGACGGUCCCGGCACCGACGACGGAAACGCCUGGAAAAUCACCAAGAAACUCUCCGCCUACGACGAAGACAGCACCCUCACUAUCGAUACUCUACUCAGCCUGCCAACCUGUACCGGCCGCCUCGGCACGACGGGAAUGUGUCUCGGCGGGCACCUGGCCUUCCGCUGCGCCAUGGACACCCGGAUCUCGGCCGGCGUGUGUUAUUUCGCGACGGAUAUCCAUGCUAGGAGUCUAGGCGAAGGGAAAAACGACGACAGCCUCGCGCGGGCCUCGAAGGGAGACAUCAAGGGCGAACUUGUCAUGAUCUUUGGGAAGAAGGAUAAUCAUGUCCCGCCCCAAGGGAGGGAUCUCAUCAGACAGACGUUGCAUGAUGCCAAGGCGGAUUUCUCGUGGUAUGAGGUUGCCGGGGCACAGCAUGCUUUCAUCAGAGAUGAGUUGAGUAAAGGGAGGUAUGAUCCGGCCGUUGCGGGAAUUUGCUUUCAGAUGUUGUUGGAGUUGUUUGAUAGGACUUUGAGAGGGGAUCUAGGGCCGAAAGGGGAGGAGGGCGCUGUUGAGGACGUUUGUUAAGGGGUAUAGGAAAGGAAUGGGUUGUCGGUACCGCUCAUACUUGAUAGUAUUGCUGCGAUUGAUCCGAUGAAUACAUCAAUAUAAGAACGAGUUGGGAGAAUGUGAAACUCUCGUGUUUGAGACGUUACGAG